UGCGAUUCGUCACUUUUUUGUUGUGAUAUUAUUUCAAACGUGAUUACUAUUUUACUUUGAUUUAAGUAAAUAAUGAGUAAUACUGAAGAAAAGGCGCCUGAAACAAUUGAAACAAAUGGUAAUUUAAACAAAGAUGGAGAAAGAAAAAAUUGGGUUAAAUUUGAUGAUGAAUCUCCUCAAGAAAGUGAUUUAAACGCAAAAUCGAAAGUCUCUGAUGAAUCUGUUCAAUCAGUUACUAAAUCAGGAGCUUCAACUUCAGAAAUACCUGCUGUACUUAAAACCGAAACAGUUCACAUAAAUUUAGAUCGCAGCGAAAACAAUAUUGAACCCCUUACGCAGAGUGCUAUUAUGAGAAAUGUAGAAUAUAUCAACGCUCGUCAUGGUUUUUCUAAUGGUGACGUUAUUGUGACCUUGUUACCGACAAAUACUAAAUGGCCCUGGAUUACUGCAGCAAGGUUUCGACCAGAACUAGUCCCUGAAGAGCUAAUGGCUCAGGGCUUAACUUUGACUGUUGAGGAAUAUGUUCAUGCUAUGGAGCUUCUCGUGAAUGAUGCCCGAUUUACAAUUUACAAUAUCUGCUACAAAAGAGUUUUAGUUUGUUGGGUUACUAUUGCAUUUUUAGUACUCUUAACUUUACUUUUUUCGGGCUUGACGGGCCUGACUUUAUUUUCACUUGGAGUUAUGUGGCUUAUUCUUAAUGCGCUGGCCAUUUUUCUCUGUAUGUGGAUAAAGUUAAAGCUCUCAAAAGGCUUAGAACAGUGUUUAGCAAGUGUUAAUAAAUUGUUGAAUAAACACAAACUGUUACUGGCACUAGAUGACAGAGGAAGAAUAUCAUGUCACAAAGUGAACCUGUGCUAUAUUUACUUUGAUUCAGGGCCAUGUAUAGCACAUAUACAACAGUUUAUUGAAAGCGAAGAAGGCAAAACAAUCAUGAAAGGUUGGGAACAAAGAUUAGAUGUGUCCGCUAAUGAUAUUGUAAUUCAAGGCAGCCAAUCAACAAGAUUAUCACGAAAACAGGAUAUGGCAGAGCAAGUUUACCUCCGAUAUCUCCAGCGGUGGGGCAAAGACUUCUUAAGGCGACGGCUCGAUUGGACUCUAGACGAGGAAGGCGGCAAUCCCGCGGCGCCAAGGCACUUAGUUAACGCACUCUGCCCUUGUCAAUAUGUAGAGGAGAUAUUGCGGAACAAAGAACCCAAAGAUACUCGUGCCUGUUGUCCACCGUGCAACAACUGGCUCAGACGGCGCGGUCUCGACUAA